AUGGUCAGGCACGCGGGCCAGGGCGGAGAACGAGUUCCUUCCUCACCGUUUAUGAGAAACCGUCCUGCAGCUGACGAGGAAAGGCCCCUCCCAGCAAUCCGGGCCGCACAGGGCUGUCACUCACCGAAGACGCGGGCCCUCGUCGUCCGCACCGUCGCCGCCUCCGUCUGUCACGAAGGAACGUCGCUCCGGCUCGCGUGCACACGCGGCGUCAAGAGCAAGGGGCGAGACGCGCAUGCGUUCCACGCGGGCCUAAGGCGUAGCGUCGGAAAAGACGGGUCGGCGCGCCCCCUGCCGGCGGCUAGGGUGCAGCGCAGGACCCUGACAGAUGCCCUCACUUGUGGAGUGGGAGGCAAGAGCCCAGUAAUAAAAUUUGCAAAAGAUCCUUUCAGUUGCAGCAAGGGAAAGAGCUGUGGAGAGAAGGAACUGGAUUUCUCCAAGGCCAGAGUUCAGGACAUCCAGACACCCACCCCCGAGGCAGGCUGGCCAACUGCCAAGUCCCUCAAGGAAGUAGGACAGAUGGCGGGCAGUCACACCCAGCUUGAGCCCUACAGACCCUUGAAGGCCCAGAAAGGGAAGAGGACACCGAGGGCGCCCUUAGCACCCAGGGCUCCUGGGCCAGAGGAGGAGGAUCCCAGGGUGAAGUGCAGGGACUGUGGAGCUUUUGGGCACAAGGCAUCCAGCAGCAGGUGCCCCAUGAAGCACUGGGGCAGGGCCCUCGACCUCCAGGCUUUGGGCUUCAGGAAGCUGAAGGAGAACGUAGAACCACGGAGUCAGCAGGACCAGGAGAACCCUGGGACCUUGAAGCAGGCUGAGAGGAAGAAGGAAGAGGGACCAAGGCAAGAAGCCCGGCAGAGGGAGGCCCUGCUCCAGAGAUUCCCCAGGCGACCCCAAAGGGGGCAGAAGCAAACCUGGAAGGAUUGCAUAGAACCCUGUAGCUACGUGAGGCGUCCACACACGCCGAUGCCCGUCUAUACCACCAAGAGGGUGCCUGUCCUGGAGGCUCCCCUCCCAGGGAAGCCGCCUACCCAAACCGCUGGCACGAGAGCCGUGUACCACUCAGCGGCUCCUCUCAGAAGCCCUUCAGGGAUCGUCGUCCCCCCUGGUGCACGACAUGAGGUACAGCGAGUGGUGUCCCCUGACAGACUCCUGGCAUGCCAACCCUAUGCCAGGGAGAGUGGCCUGACUGUCCAUCUGACAGCAAAGAGGCCCCGAGAAGACUCCCUUGAAGUUUCCCAAGCUGUGUCCAAGGUGGAUGGCGUGCAGCAUGGCCAGGCACCAGCCAAGGGUCCCGAGCAGAAUGCACGUCCUAAUGCAAGCCACGGUAUGGUUCAGACUUCCCAAAACCACCUCAAGACAGCAGGCAAGAGAGGUGUUCAGGUCUCUCUAGAGACGGGCCUGAACCCCCGAAAGAAAGCACGCUGUAGCCCCUUCCAGUACCACCACAAGAGGAUACAGGAAAGCCAUCUGGGGGCUUCAGAGAGUCUGUGUCGUCCAGCAAGGAGAAGUGCAUAUGGACCCCCAGCGGCACCCCCACUGACCAGGAAGACACCUGCUCCAGUGCGAGUCAUCGACCUGCAGCCUGCCUGCCCCCGACCUCUCCUGGAAACGGUCCAGGCAUGCAUAGACGCCCCACGUCCGCUUUCCAAGCCCACCCCUGGCAAGUCCCUGAGAAUGGUCUUCACGAGAUUGGACAAAGCCUGCUGGAGCUCCAAGUUCCUAACACCUCCCUUGCUCCAUCCUGCUGAGAAGUCAGCCCCUCCUGGUCAGGGCCCUCCUGUCAUUCAGAAAUCCGAGGGAUUCUUUGGUCACGUCCCUGUGAGUGUCCUCCAUGAGGACCUGCAGGUGUCCUCGUCCUCUGAAGACAGUGGGAGAGAGUGA